AUGGUUUUGUGGAAGAAAGCUCAAAAUAAUCUGUGUCAUUUCUGCUUGAAUGUGCAAACACUACAACAUAUAGUGUCUUCUUGCAAAACAUCCCUGGACGAAGGUCGAUACACAUGGAGACACAAUUCAGUGCUGAAACACCUAGCAACGUACAUAUCUAGUGUCAGAAGGAACUUUCACGUUUAUGCAAACAUUUCUGGUUUUGAUAAUCCAUCUGUGAUCACAGGCUGUAAUGACCGACCAGGCUUGGUAAUAUCAGACAACAACCAAAAUAUAUAUGUUAUUGAAUUGACAAUCGGCUUUGAAACUAAUAUGGCAAAAAACUGUUUAAGGAAAAGGGAACGAUACAAGGAUCUUUGUAACUUUUUAAAAGAACGAUUUAACAAAGUAAUGUAUUUUAACUUACGCAUGGGCGCGAUUGGAGUUUUAAGUCAUGAAUGUAAACAGUUCUAUGACUUUUUGGACCGCGAAGUAAGAUUAAGCGAUAUGCAAAGAAAAUUCAUCAUUAGAAAACUAACCGGCUGCUGCAUAAGGACAAGUUAUUAUAUAUUUUGCUCUAGAAACAGACAAUGGUCUUGCCCUGAACUUUUAUAUUGGUAGGAUUCAUGCUGUCAUGUGUAUGUACAGUUAUCUUAUUUGACACUGUCUUCGUUGUUACCUUACGAACGUAUUUUAAAAUAACCAUUGUAAUAGCAUUCUGUAGAAAUUCCAUUUUGAUGAUUUGUACAUAUUUUAAGCUUAGUUUAACAUUGUAUUCUUUUCUUAAUCUUUUGUACCAUAAUGUAGCCAGGUUGCCUAUAAUACUUUAGUGAGAGCUGGUUACUAAUAUUUGUAUGAAAUGAAAUAAAAUGUGUUUACAUUAUUAUUAUUAUUAUUAUUAUUAUUAUUAUUAUUAUUAUAGGUGUAACCCGGUGAUGAUGUAUGCCUUGUGUUGUCAGAUAGUCCUUAACUUCCUGAGGUUUUGAAUCCCGAUCAGUUACCUUUGAAAUGGGUAAUGUUUGCGGGAAAACUUCCUUUUCCUAUGCAUGGCCAUAAAACCUUCGUUUAUAAAGGAAAGUUGAUUGUGGUUCGUACCUAUUGUGAGAGGAAAUCAGGUAAAGAUGGCCGUCAAGAUGGCGGUAGUGUUGUAACUCAUUAUCUUAAAAUUUACGAAGUCCUCCAUACUCCUCCCUACUCUGCAAAAGAAUUGUACAGCUGUACAAUUGAGCAAGAAACUGAUCAUGGAGACUUCUAUGAAGCAGAACUUAUAAAUGACGAACUGUUCAUUUUUAAAAACGAGAAAAAAUAUACUCAACCUUGGUCUACUGAGAUUUACAAUCUGGAUACAAAUGAAUGUCGAGAAAUGCCAAGCGCACAGUAUUCUUUGUACAAGACGACAACUGUUGUACGGAGACAUCACGUCAUCUUUGUUGUAGCGAUAUCCCAAGAUAACAAUGACGCCUUCAAGACCAAGUACUCCUUCAACUACAAUAGGGAGCUUAAGAUCUACAACGCGAAUUUGCGAGUUGCGACGCGGACGUGCUGACCUGAUCCUAGUUUUCCAGUGAAAGCCUAGUCAGAGUUGUCAGAGUCUAUUUCUACGACAUUUGUAACACUGUUAUGACACGUUAAUCAGCCUUAAAGAAAGACAGAAACUAGGCUUUCUAGACUAUUGUAUAAGUAUGCACAUUUUCCCGCCAAAACACCUAUCCGAGACGACGUGAUAUUUGCAAAGAUUCGUCGUCACAAAAGUUGUAAAAACUUAUGAUAAAAAAUAUCUUCCUAAUAUAUUGCUAGCCUCUGUUAUAUUGUACAUUUUUCCUAGUAUAAUUUCAUUUUAUUUGCUGUGAUAAAAGUAUUUUAAUUGUAUUUGUCCUCGUUUUAAAAUAAAACUUGUUCAAUACGACGUCCGCGUCGUAAAUUCGCGUUGUAGAUCUUAAGCUCGCUAAUACCAUAAGCGGUGAACGCAACGUAAUAGCUCCUACGAAAUACUUGAGUCACUGCUGUACAGCCGUCGCCACUGACGAUGUCGUUACAGAGCUUUAGAUCGGCGACGGCUACGAAAUCUAGUCCGACUACGAGGUAAUGUUUUCCCAAUAACUACUAAGAAUUAAUCACGAUCGUGUAUGGUUCAACUGAACCUUUGUUAAAAAGACGCAGAAUAUAAAUAAAAAGACGAUUAGACGUUUAGAAUUGCAAAUAUUCUAAGGAAAAAAUCCCGUAGCCGUAUUAGAUUUCGUAGCCGUCGCGAAUCUAAAGUUCCCUGUUAUUGCAAUGGGUGGGCGCAACUGCUUCAAUUCCGUGGAAUGCUACAAUUUCCAGACUUGGCAAGCAUUACCAGCUAUGAGAAAAAGUAGAUACAAUGCUACUGCUGUUGUUUCUCCAAUAUAAACCCAACGAAUAACAUAUCUUUACUGACAAUGAUUCUUGCAAAUCCAGUCUUGAAUGGAAGAGAAUACAUUUGAUAUAACGAUUAACAUUUUUGAUUGACAUUGAUUCUUCGAAUUCCAGUCGUUCAGGAAUUAUUCUUUCAACGGAAGGGAAAACUGAUUCAUAUAACGAUUAACAUUUUGACUGACAUUCAUUAGUGGAAAUCCCGUCUUUCAGACAUUAUUCCUUUGACGGGAUAAAAGACUUCUGUAUAUAACGAUUAUCAUUUUGAUUGACAUUGAUUCUUCGAAAUCCAGUAAUUCAGACAUUAUUCUUUGACUUGGAGAAAAGAAUUUUGACUAUAGCAAUUACGAUUUCAAGUGACGUUAAUUCCUAGAAAUCUAUAGUCGUUUAGACGUUGAGAAUUCCAAUAGUAGUAACAUUAAACUGAAUAAUUAAGACACUGUUAGUUAAUUAAAUUCCGAUGUAUUGGAUAUUUCUAUCAUAAAGUAUAAGUGAGAAAUUAGCUGUUUCCCCUCGUUUUGGUUUUGAGAUAACCAAUUUCUUUAUGGCUGUUCCAAGCGAUUUAUUUUGUAGUGCGUGAACGUUUUUGCGCUGAAUGGACAAUUUGCACAAGAGACAAAUUUUUGAUCUAGUCAAUCAAACCAAAUUCCUAGAAAGAACCUUUUUAAAGUAGUAAAAUUUCAAAAUUUGGUGGCGAAAUGGUGUAAACUACGGAAAAUAUAACUUUACGAUUUCCCCAAAUUUUCUUAUUGCUGUGUCACGUGCGAAAUUGUUACCACAAAAUGUACUUUAUAAGGCUAUAACAUUUUCCACACACUGCAACAUUUUCCCACCAAAUUUUGCAAUUCUACUGCUUUUGAAUUAUUAGAGUAGAUUUUUUGUUUUAGAAUUAUUUAAAGCUUGGAUACCCGGCCUCAGGGCCGUAGGCAGGAUUUUUUGGCAGGGGGCAGCAGCGGUCCCGUGGCGAAGUCAAUAGUCGAGCGCAGUUGGUGCGCGCAUAGGAGAGGGGUCCAGGGGCACUCUCCUCGGAAAAUUUUGAAAUUUGAAGCUCGAAAAAGGCAUUUCCUGUAUUUUGAGCGCCAGAUUUACGGGUUUACCCGUUGAAUUAAUAAGGAACAUCUUUUAGGCCAGGAUCAAACGAAAAGGCAAGUUUAACUCUCGCUCGCGUUUGACCGCCAACUCUCAUCGACUUUGAACUGCUUCAAACUUUAAUGAGAGUUGAUGAGAGUUUGUGUGCGGUUGACCAUUCAUGAACAUCAAUGACUGGUCAACUCUCAUCAACUCUCAUCAGGGGCGAAACUAGAGCGUUAAUUGGGGGGGUAUAUUCAUAUAUUCGUGUUCUGCCCCGGGGAUUUCUUUUGAAACUGCUUGUUUUGAAUUAAUUUCAAAAACUGCUGGCAAAACAUGAAUAUAGAAUAUACCCCCCCCCCCCCCAAUUAACGUUCUAGUUUCGCCCCUGACUCUCAUCCUCGUUUGACCACCGCAUGAGAGUUGACAGAACUCUCGUACAAACUCUCGCUUCUCAACUCUCAUCAGCUCUCUUCCUCGUUUGACCAGCGCAUGAGAGUUGACAGAACUCUCGUGCAAACUCUCGCUUGUCAACUCUCAUCCUCGUUUGACCAGCGCAUAAGAGUUGACAGAACUCUCGUACAAACUCUGGCUUCUCAACUCUCAUCAACACUCAUCCUCGUUUGACCAGCGCGUGAGAGUUGACAGAACUCUCGUGCAAACUCUCGCUUGUCAACUCUCAUCCUCGUUUGACCAGCGCAUGAGAGUUGACAGAACUCUCGUACAAACUCUGGCUUCUCAACUAUCAUCAACUCUCAUCCUUGUUUGACCAGCGCAUGAGAGUUGACAGAACUUUCGUACAAACUCUCGCUUCUCAACUCUCAUCAACUCUCAUCUUCGUUUGACCAGCGCAUGAGAGUUGACAGAACUCUCGUGCAAACUCUCGCUUCUCAACUCUCAUCAACUCUCAUCAACUCUCAUCCUCGUUUGACCAGCGCAUGAGAGUUGACAGAACUCUCGUACAAACUCUCGCUUCUCAAUUCUCAUCCUCGUUUGACCAGCGCAUGACAGUUGACAGAACUCUCGUGCAAACUCUCGCUUCUCAACUCUCAUCAACUCUCAUCCUCAUUUGACCCGGCUUCAAUACCCCCCAUGGACAGGAAAUUACAAAAGCGUCAAGCUUCUGAUCAAGCGUUGAUCACGAGAUUUUGAAAGCCUCUUCACAGCUUAUAAAACGAAGGCAAACGAAACAUUGCAUCGAAAACAUUCGGUAAGUUUUUCAAUAUCUUCUUAUUCAUACUUUCGUGCGCAAACUAGCGAGUUCUGCCAGUCGACAACCACACUCACUUUCAAGUUAACGCAUAAAUUUUCCAAACAAAGACCGAACGAAAUCGUUACAAAUUCAUGUUCCAUUUUGGACUAUUGCAAUCCCAGCUACUCGCUUGGGUAGUUGAUCUUUGAGGGCAUCAUUUUGCACCAUAUGAUAUUAUAAAUGGUAGACUGUAUGUUUAUGAAAUAGGAUAUAUCAAUAUCAACAAGCAGCAAAGGUUCUACUCACUACCUAAUUAUAAGAUAACGAUACAGAUUCGACUUGGACAGAUUUGGAUCUCUUUGUCGGGGAUUAGUGUAUGUGAUGAAGGGCCUUUGCUCGAAACGUUGAAUCUUAUUGUAUCGUUUAGGUAGUGAGUAGAACUUUUGCUACUUGUUGAUGUUGUUAUCUGCUACCUACACUGGCCACAUCGGAAGUUUGAUAUAUAAAUGCAAAUGCCUUGAACGGAAAUAACACAAUAUCAAAUUACCAUAAAAGUUUUACUCACUACCUAAACGAUACAGUGAGAUUCGAAGGCCGCUCAGGAAUUUGUAGUCAGGAUCACACGAAUUAGUAGUAUUCCCGGAUAUAAAAAUCCAACGAAGGGCUUUUGUUCAGAAAAGGUCGAAUCUUUUUGUGUCGUUUAGGUAGUAAGUAGAACUUUUGCUGCGUGUUAAUAUUGUUUUAAUGCUACUACAGUGGCUACAUAUUGAAAUAAUACGAUGCAUCCUCGUUCUCCGAGGAAAAUUAAAGGAAAAUUAUUAAAAUAAUUUAACAAGAUACUUCAUGAGUAUUUUAGCCUCAAGGCUAUUAGUUUUGUGUGAUAAACAGUAUAAAGCAAAAAUGCUCAACAGUGUAUGGUUGGCUAAUUUCUUAGUGCUGUAUCCUGGCUUGCAACCGAUUGAUAUAUGUACUAGAAAUACAUACAUGCAGCAACCCCUCGCUCGCCUUACUUAUAACGUACCGAGACUACGUUCAACUCAGUGCAAUUAUAUUCUAGCAACAUGAAGUAAUGUGCAUUGCUAUAAAUAUAACAACAACACGGCAAUUCAUAUUUUUCGUUAUGUUUUUUCAAAAAUGAGGAAAUAUUGGCAAAAAUAUCAGUUUUCAACCUGGUUUUUAUUGACAAUUUUUUAAUUUGCAGAAUAUAAGUCACACUAAUGUCAUUGAACUUAAAUUUCAUGUAAAAUACUCGCAUAAAACGUUCAAAAACGUUUUAACUUCAAGAAACUAUAUUUUUAUUUUACACAAAUAUCGUAUUUGAAAUGAAACCAUAUUAAGCCAAUGUUCGUUCGUAUUCUUUUACAUCUAAAGUUUAUUAGUAUUUAAAAAAAUUUCUAAAAUGAAACUGCAAACAGAUCGAAUGCGGCUAAGCCAGCAAUUCAUAUAAUCCCCGAGCCGGAGGCGGGAAGCGCCGGGAGGCGAGAGUACUAAUUCCGCACGGCUAUUUACACCCGGGUAAAGGACAGCAUAGCGGAGUCCAAAGUUCCUCAGUUUUGCCGCCAUUUUGGGCUAUCGGCGAAGGGUGGUCAUCAUCACUGAUCUCAAAAUUAUGGCGGACUAUCAUGAAGGGCGAACACUAAAGGCUUUCGAAACAGGGGCGUCGCGAAGGGGGUGUGGACCCCCAAAAAAAAAUCUGCCACUGUCGGCAAUUCAAUCAUUUGUCGGCAAAACUGUUUCGUCUUCAAUAAAUAAAUGUAAAAACUGUUUCGCAUUUGCGAUGUGAAAACAGUUUCGUGUGAAAACAGCUGUGAAAACAAUGCAAAAACUGUUUCGCAUUUUCGCAUUUAGCCGUGGGGGGAGUUAUUACUUUCAAAUCAGUUUAUUGUUGACCACGCCCAUUUUUCGGCAAAAUCAGGGCGCUCACACCCCCCAGUUCAACAACCUUUGCGACGGCCCUGUUUCGAAAAGGCGAAAACAAAGACGAAAACUGUUGCUGCAAGACUAUAAAAGACUCCUGAGAAGACAUAAAUGCUGGAAAAAGACAGAAAAGCCAGGGGAAAUGACAAUGGAUUGAAAAACAAGACGAACGUAAUCAGCAUAUGUAUAUUGUUUGCCUAUUUAAUAUGAAUUGCCGGCUUAGCCGCAUUCGAUCUGUUUACAGUUUAAUUUAAGAAAUUUUACGUUUUGUAAAUGCAUGCAAGACUGCCUUCUUAUUAUUUCUAAAUACUAACGAACUUUAGAUGUAAAAGAAUACGAACGAAUAUUGGCUUAAUUUUGCCAAUAUUUCCUCAUUUUUGAAAAAUAUACCGAAAAAUAUGAAUUGCCGAUUUCCCGUGUUGUUAUUAUGACAAUAGUACCGUUGCACUGAGUUAAUGUAGUAGUCUUGGUACGUUUUAGUAAGGCGAGCGAGGGGUCGCUGCAUGCAUGUAUGUAUUUCUAGUUAGGUAAACAAUACAUACGCCGAUUACGCUCGUCUUGUUUUUCAGUCCAUUGUCCUUUCCCCUGGCUUUUCUGUCGUUUUUCAGCACUUAUGUCGUCUCAGGAGUUUUUUAUAGUCUUGCAGCAAUAGUUUUCGUCUUUGUUUUCGCCUUCGAAAGCCUUUAGUGUUCGCCCUUCGUGAUAGUCCGCCUUAAUUUUGAGAUCAGUGGAUGACAACCCUUCGACGAUAUCCCAAAAUGGCGGCCAAGCUGAGGAACUUUGGGUGUAAAUAGCCGUGCGGAAUUAUUACCCUCGCCUCCGGCUCGGAGAUUAUUCAUUUGGUGUACGUAAUAUUAAGAAUUGUAUGAAUUUAGUUUAAAACCUUAAUACCGUAUUUACUCGUUUGAGCGCCGCGCUCUUCUUUAACUGAUUCUUAAGGCCGUUUUCCACUUCAAGCGAAUCGUGCCGUAACGUAGCGUAUGUCAUUGUUAAUUCCUGAGCAGUGAAGUGGAUCUAAUGACUUCGACACAAAAGAAAAUGCUCCGUUACGUUACGUUACGUUACGUUACGUAACGACACGCUUGAAGUGGAAAACGGCCUUUAAGGUUGAGGAUGCGACGCUUAUUCGAGGGCGGCCCUCGAUCGGGGAAAGCGCUCUUUAAAAAUAUUUUAAAUAAGAAUGAUAAAAAGAACUAUUAGCAGAGCAUUGAUAUACAAUCAUUUCAAUAGACCGAUUGCAAAGUAGACAAGCUUAUUAAAAAGUUCAAAAUAGCGCUAGUCAUAACAACAUGCAGCGUUAAAGAGCAUCCCAAAGUUAGUAAGAUUGCAAAGUUUUACAGCAAAAGUUCUACUCACUACCUAAACGAUACAAUAAGAUUCAAACUUCAAUAUAUGUGGCCAGUGUAGGUAGCGGAUAACAACAUCAACAAAUAGCAGCAAAAGUUCUACUCACUACCUAAACGAUACAAUAAGAUUCAAACUUCAAUAUGUGGCCAGUGUAGGUAGUGGAUAACAACAUCAACAAGCAGCAAAAGUUCUACUCGCUGCCUAAACGAUACAAUAAGAUUCAAACUUCAAUAUGUGGCCAGUGUAGGUAGUGGAUAACAACAUCAACAAGCAGCAAAAGUUCUACUCGCUGCCUAAACGAUACAAUAAGAUUCAAACUUCAAUAUGUGGCCAGUGUAGGUAGUGGAUAACAACAUCAACAAGCAGCAAAAGUUCUACUCGCUGCCUAAACGAUACAAUAAGAUUCAAACUUCAAUAUGUGGCCAGUGUAGGUAGUGGAUAACAACAUCAACAAGCAGCAAAAGUUCUACUCGCUGCCUAAACGAUACAAUAAGAUUCAAACUUCAAUAUGUGGCCAGUGUAGGUAGUGGAUAACAACAUCAACAAGCAGCAAAAGUUCUACUCGCUGCCUAAACGAUACAAUAAGAUUCAAACUUCAAUAUGUGGCCAGUGUAGGUAGUGGAUAACAACAUCAACAAGCAGCAAAAGUUCUACUCGCUGCCUAAACGAUACAAUAAGAUUCAAACUUCAAUAUGUGGCCAGUGUAGGUAGUGGAUAACAACAUCAACAAGCAGCAAAAGUUCUACUCGCUGCCUAAACGAUACAAUAAGAUUCAAACUUCAAUAUGUGGCCAGUGUAGGUAGUGGAUAACAACAUCAACAAGCAGCAAAAGUUCUACUCGCUGCCUAAACGAUACAAUAAGAUUCAAACUUCAAUAUGUGGCCAGUGUAGGUAGUCGAUAACAACAACAACAACAAGCAGCAAAAGUUCUACUCACUACCUAAACGAUACAAUAAGAUUAAACUUCAAUAAGUGGCUUUAUAAAAGACUUAAUUGCCUUCGGUUCGAGUUUGUAUAUCCGAUACAACAUGUGAUAUUCCUUUGUUUUCUUAUUAUUAUAUUAUUGCGUUAAAUAGGUUAGGAAAGAUGGAAUUAUUUGGAAAACAAGUUUUGAUGACCCUAAUAGUAUUGGUCGCGAUCGAACAAUUCGCCUUGAUUGCCAGCGAGCCUGACUUUAAAAAAGCUUUGGAGUUGGUGAUAAAGGCGAGACAGCAACCUGGAAAUAUCGACUAUGCUUCAUUCUGUAAAACUACGGGUGCAGGAGCCUCGAAACGUGGUUGCCAGAUCAAAGAAAUGGAUGAUGUAGGCCUUUUAGUGUGCCUUGAGUCUCAUAUUUGCGAGACUCUACUACUCAUCGAGCUGAAUGCAUUGAAGACAAUUGUUGAAGCUCAACUCAAUGUCCUGGAUUAUUAUGGGAAAAUUAUACCUGGGUAAAAAAGCAUAUAAAAAACAUUGACUAAAAUAUUGAUUUAGCCACUUCUAAAUCCAGAUUAGAGGGUCCCCUAUACCUUUUUCGUGACGCGUGAAUUGGGAUUUUUUGCUUUGCGUCAGACGUGUUGUCAAACGUGAAUGAGAGUUUAUUUUUAAUUUCUCGUGACUCGUAAAUUGAUAUUUUUCCGUCCUCGUGCAUGAAAGUGUUUUUUUAUUUUUUCGUGACUUUUCGGAGAACACUUUUUCUCUUUUUUAACGAUUUUAGUUACUUUACUGACUUUACUAGCAAAACUUUCUGAGACUGAAAAUUGCGCUGCCGCCACCGCAACAAAGGUUUAGAGCGUUUUAUACGCGUUUUUACUGAAGGUUCAGGCAGCCAUAUUGGUGUGAAAAAAACACGCUUUCCCCGCUAAAUUUUGUUUAAGAUCAUACUAGUUCUCUUAGAGUUUAAUGUCGGAAACUGGCGACGCACUAAAAUUCAUCCCCCCCCCCUGCAGACACUUUAUGACCCGUCCCUUAAAUAGUUUGUUUAUUUUCCCAUUCUCAGGUUAAAAUGCGGUGCAAGUGGGUCCCAGCCGACCAAGGAAUGAUGCAGUCAAUAAGAUCUUACAUUUACUUCGGCACCAUCAGUACUCUAGUAAAUAAGGUGAGAGCAUAUCAGCAGGAACAGCAGGCACGUUAUAAAACGGGUGGCGAUUUGCAAAAGAUUCUCAAGUUCACGAUGCCCUCUGAGAGUGUUUACAAUCGAAUAUGUGACCUUCAAGGAUUCUUUAUGAAAACCGGAGGGUUCCUAAUUGCUGAUCCGGACGGGGCGCAGGUGAAUACAACACCAACUGACACUUGCUCUGAUCCGCACACUUAUCCCACAACCGAGAAAGUCCUUGCCGGCUUGAAAGAAUUGUUAGCCGGGAUUCUACAUGAAGACGUAUUACAAUAACGUACCAUUUCUCGAGCAAAUCACCGAGUAUUUCGACAACAUGCAAAAAAACCCUAAAAUUCCUAUAGCUAGUCAAUAAUUAGAAACUAGUAUUGAAAACAAUCAAGGUCAUCUAGUUUAUGAUGGGAUCCGUCUCAAAUGGACAAACGACCUCUGUUCGUUAAGGACUUUUGCCGAAAAUGUUGUCGGAUUAACGGGUAAAUGGACGUCGCCUGGCGGUAAAGCCAAACAGUUUAUAAACUUAAGCUCGGAUUUUAUUAUGACUUGGUACCCGGGCAAACAAAACUCGUUGACUUUCAAUGGAAAGAAAGGCAAAUCUUUCAAGGAAUUUCUAGUGAGCGUAUUAGACACAAAUUGCGUUAUUAAGCAAACAAAUACGACCUCGGAUAGUUUAAUCCAAACAACUACAAAAAUGUCGGUCGAAGGCGAACAUAUUGUUGGUAAUGGCCGUGUGUUUGAGGACAUGGCCCCUUUAACUCACAAUUGUUCGUACAAUACUCAAGCCAAAGAUAUGGGGUUUGAAUCGAUUGCUGACACUUCGUCACUCGAAGAACUUGAGGACUUCAUUGAUAGCGCAUAUUAUAUUGCGAAUGUCGCAGCCACGCCGAAUUUUGCUCAGACAGCCAGCUUUUCUACACCAUUUCAACAACGAGCUGAUGGUAUCCCGACUAUAGCCGAGGCACAACUCCUUACAUUUAAAGAAAAAAUAGAAUCGCAAAUAGAAAAAUUGUUGACUAAAGUGUCUGAACAAAAUCAUAUUAUUGACACAAAUAAACAAGAGCUGUGCCGAUUAGGAAACGAGAAUUUGAAUUUAAUGUCACGCAUUACCGACCUAGAGGAGAAAAUGAUGAUUAAAGACUCGGCUUCCAUAACCUUUUCAAGUCCCUCAAAGCCAUCUUUACAAGAUAAGAAGUCCUUUAACAGUCCUGACAAUGUAAAUCCCCAACACGAUGGAUCAACUAAAAUAAAUCACCCAUCUGGUGCAUUAUCAACCCCAGUUAAUGUAGAUAACCUGCCCGCUGAGGAAAGUUUCCCUACAGUUAUCAUUGAAAUAAAGAACAAUGCCCUAUUAUCCACACAACAAUCUAAGACUACAAUCAACUCCUUCAAAAAAGAUUACUC